AUGGACAUCACCAAGAACUUGCUUUGGUUAUUCCUCUUUAAUUCAGCACUCCUGGAUGCCAUCUCAGGUGCCACAGCCUCCACCACAGAGAGCUUCAUAACAUCCUUUCCUCCGGAGGAUGGCAUUCCCAGAGCUUUUCCAACAUUUUCCCUGUCUCCUCCUUUCCCAGGUGCCUCCCUGAGCCUGGUGAACGGUAGACACCAAUGUGAGGGGCGUGUAGAAAUUUCACACCCUGGGGGCCGGGGCACAGUCUGCGAUGACAGCUGGGACCUGAAGGAUGCCGAGGUUGUGUGCAGGCAGCUGGGAUGUGGCUUUGCUCUUGCUGCAACAUCCAAUGCCUACUUUGGACAAGGCACAGGCAGCAUCUACCUGGAUGAUGUGCGCUGCACCGGGAACGAGUCCUCCCUCUUCCAGUGCAGCCACAAUGGCUGGGGUGUCCACAACUGUGUCCACAGUGAAGAUGCUGGUGUUGUCUGCUCAGGUAUCAUUGCUUUUCCUUUGCAAACUUCAGGAGACUUUCAAAAAGGGUUCUUGUGGGCCACAAUUAGCUUUUUUGCGGGGCAUAUUCCAAGAGUCCGGCUUUAUGCCACAGCCUCCACCACAGAGAGCUUCAUAACAUCCGUUCCUCCAGGUGCCUCCCUGAGCCUGGUGAACGGUAGACACCAAUGUGAGGGGCGUGUAGAAAUUUCACACCCUGGGGGCCGGGGCACAGUCUGCGAUGACAGCUGGGACCUGAAGGAUGCCGAGGUUGUGUGCAGGCAGCUGGGAUGUGGCUUUGCUCUUGCUGCAACAUCCAAUGCCUACUUUGGACAAGGCACAGGCAGCAUCUACCUGGAUGAUGUGCGCUGCACCGGGAACGAGUCCUCCCUCUUCCAGUGCAGCCACAAUGGCUGGGGUGUCCACAACUGUGUCCACAGUGAAGAUGCUGGUGCUGUCUGCUCAGAGCAGCGACAAAGAUAUGCACAGCUUCAGCAAUCAGAGGAUGGCAUUCCUAGAGUUUUUCACACAUUUUCCCUGUCUCCUGCUUUCCCAGGUGCCUCCCUGAGCCUGGUGAACGGUAGAAACCAGUGUGAGGGGCGUGUAGAGAUUUCACACCCUGGGGGCCGGGGCACAGUCUGCGAUGACAGCUGGGACCUGAAGGAUGCCGAGGUUGUGUGCAGGCAGCUGGGAUGUGGCUUUGCUCUUGCUGCAACAUCCAAUGCCUACUUUGGACAAGGCACAGGCAGCAUCUACCUGGAUGAUGUGCGCUGCACCGGGAACGAGUCCUCCCUCUUCCAGUGCAGCCACAAUGGCUGGGGUGUCCACAACUGUGUCCACAGUGAAGAUGCUGGUGUUGUCUGCUCAGGUAUCAUUGCUUUUCCUUUGCAAACUUCAGGAGACUUUCAAAAAAGGUGCCAGUCAGUGGCUCAGAGGCUGGACUUGGAUCUUCCCCAUGGUGCCUCCCUGAGCCUGGUGAACGGUAGACACCAAUGUGAGGGGCGUGUAGAAAUUUCACACCCUGGGGGCCGGGGCACAGUCUGCGAUGACAGCUGGGACCUGAAGGAUGCCGAGGUUGUGUGCAGGCAGCUGGGAUGUGGCUUUGCUCUUGCUGCAACAUCCAAUGCCUACUUUGGACAAGGCACAGGCAGCAUCUACCUGGACAAUGUGCGCUGCACCGGGAACGAGUCCUCCCUCUUCCAGUGCAGCCACAAUGGCUGGGGUGUCCACAACUGUGUCCACAGUGAAGAUGCUGGUGUUGUCUGCUCAGAGGAUGGACUUCCUAGAGUUUUCCCCACAUUUUCCCUGUGUUCUCCUUUCCCAGGUGCCUCCCUGAGCCUGGUGAACGGUAGAAACCAGUGUGAGGGGCGUGUAGAAAUUUCACACCCUGGGGGCCGGGGCACAGUCUGCGAUGACAGCUGGGACCUGAAGGAUGCCGAGGUUGUGUGCAGGCAGCUGGGAUGUGGCUUUGCUCUUGCUGCAACAUCCAAUGCCUACUUUGGACAAGGCACAGGCAGCAUCUACCUGGACAAUGUGCGCUGCACCGGGAACGAGUCCUCCCUCUUCCAGUGCAGCCACAAUGGCUGGGGUGUCCACAACUGUGUCCACAGUGAAGAUGCUGGUGUUGUCUGCUCAGAUGCCACAAAUAUUACCAGUGUUCCCACUCCACCAGUGACUACUCCAGCUAAAAAAUACAUUUGUGGUGGCUUACUUUUUAAUCCCUCCGGAACACUUCAGAGUCCCUAUUAUCCUCUGAAUUAUCCAGAUAAUGCAGAUUGUUUGUGGCAAAUACAAGUAGAGAAUAAUUUCCGCAUUACACUCACAUUUAGAAACAUUCAGUUGCAAGGUGGAUGCCAGAAUGACUAUAUUGAGAUUUAUGAUGGGCCACCAAACACUUCUCCUCUGCUUGGAAGAAUUUGUUCUAAUUAUGGUCUUACGUACACAUCAUCGUCCAACUUCAUGGCUGUCAGAUUUCACAGUGACUCCAGGUAUUCCGGUAGAGGGUUUCAUGCUGAGUAUCGGUCCAUUCCAACAGACCAUACCACCACUCUUGUAUGCUUGUCAACAUACAUGCGCGCAGCAGUGGACAGGCGUUAUCUCCAGUCACAGGGCUAUUCAGUGUGGAACAUCAGCUUGUCUGACCCUUAUUGUAGACCAACAUUUACAUCAACUGAGGUUAUAUUCAACAUUCCAUACAAUGGCUGUGGUACACGUAGACAGGGCAACAACGAAACGAUCACCUACUCCAAUGUGAUAAGAGUGCCUGCUUUCGGUUACAUCAUCAAGAGGCAAAGUGACCUUUACUUGAGUGUCAACUGUAAAAUGCUCCGGAACACCUGGGUACAAGCAAUGUACAUUGUCAAUGACACCAUUAAUGUCAAUGAAAGUCUGUCCCAGUAUGGCAGAUACAGCAUGAACCUGACAUUCUACAAUUCCUCAUCUUUCUUGUGGCCAGUGCAUGACUUCCCAUACUACGUUGACCUGAAUCAGAAUUUGUUCCUUCAAGCUUCCCUUCACAGCUCUGACCCAAAUCUGGCGGUGUUUGUGGACACGUGAGCAUCACCUGAUCCUGACAACUUUAGAACACUGGCUUAUGAAUUGAUCAGAAGUGGGUGCGUCAAGGAUCCUACCUACUCUUCUUACUAUUCACCAUACAGCAGUGUUGCUCGGUUUGCCUUUAAUGCCUUUUCAUUUGUUAAUCGAUACCAAUCAGUUUACCUGCAGUGUGAUCUGGUGGUGUGCAGGGCCUAUGACUACUCUUCCCGCUGCUAUCAAGGUUGUGUUAAUAGAUCCAAGAGGGAUGCAGGCUCUUCCCAGGAAAAAAUGAGUGUUGUUAUUGGACCUGUCCAGCUUCGGGAAGCUCAUGCUGAGAACAGGAAUGCUGAGCUGGCAUCUGACAUCAAGGUGAAAGGGGAGUCUCAGGACCCAGUGACUGCUGCCAGCUCUCACGUUCCUCUGGCUGUGGCUAUUGUGGUGCUGGCUGCUGCUGUUCUCACAGUGGGGGGAUUUCUUUUGAAGCGUAAGCUGCAGGAACCCAUCCCAUACCAGAUAAUGUGAGAGGCAAACCAAGACCUUCCAAGGUGGAAGACCACUUUCAGCAGCCAUCUGCCUCACUGUUUGGUUUUGCAAUCUGUGAAGAGGGUAACUCUCACUUGACUAUUCCACCCAGAUUUUGUUUGAAGGAUCUGUAUCAAGAUUCAGAUUGAAAAUCUGUAUCAAGAGAACACCAAGUGUUACCGUGAGCUGAACCUAUAAAGGAGCCUGGCUUUAAAUAAAGUACAAAUA